CGGGUCGCGGGGCCGAGGGAAGAGCGGGCAGGCAGGAGGCGCCGGCGCCAGACGCGGAGGGAAAGAGCUACGAGAGAGGCCGCGGAGCCAGCGACGACCGACCCAGCUGAGCCGCCGCCGCCUCCCCAUGGCGGCCGCCAAGGACACUCAUGAGGACCAUGAUUCUUCCACUGAGAAUGCAGACGAGUCCAACCAUGAUCCUCAGUUUGAGCCAAUAGUUUCUCUUCCUGAGCAAGAAAUUAAAACGCUGGAAGAAGAUGAAGAGGAACUUUUUAAAAUGCGGGCGAAACUGUUCCGGUUUGCCUCGGAGAACGACCUCCCAGAACGGAAGGAGCGAGGCACCGGCGAUGUCAAGCUCCUGAAGCACAAGGAGAAGGGGACCAUCCGCCUCCUCAUGCGGCGGGACAAGACCCUGAAGAUCUGUGCCAACCACUAUAUCACGCCGAUGAUGGAGCUGAAGCCCAAUGCGGGUAGCGACCGUGCCUGGGUCUGGAACACCCAUGCUGACUUCGCCGAUGAGUGUCCCAAGCCAGAGUUGCUGGCCAUCCGCUUCCUGAAUGCUGAGAAUGCACAGAAAUUCAAAACAAAGUUUGAAGAAUGCAGGAAAGAGAUCGAAGACAGAGAAAAGGAAGGAUCAGGCAAAAACGAUCAUGCUGAAAAAGUGGCGGAAAAGCUAGAAACUCUCUCGGUGAAGGAGACCAAGGAGGAUGCGGAGGAGAAGCAAUAAAUCGUCUUAUUUUAUUUCCUUUUCCUCUUUCCUUUCCUUUUUUAAAAA